AAACGUAGUGUGUGUUAAUCGCAAUAAACGACUUAAAGUGAAUGUCAUGUCGAGCUUAUCAUUUUUCUCAUUGUUUAAAACCCGUUUGUUUUAUUCACACCAAAUUCACACUAAUAUUUGGUUCUGUACUUGUACAAACGCGUCUGUCCGCCCUCGGUUAACCAGCGUCCAAAGGUCGUUUCAACUUCCGGUCGCAGGUUGAACUCGUGUUGGACUCAGAAAUGAGCGCAAGGAAUAUUUCUCGCUUUUGGGAAUGGGGAAGGAAAAUCAUAUGCGUCGGGAGAAACUACGCAGAUCACGCAGUCGAGCUGAAAAAUGCAAUCCCUAGCGAACCCGUGCUCUUCCUGAAGCCCCCGUCCGCUUACAUUAAAGAGGGCUCCCCAAUUCUGGUGCCUUUCUACAGCAGCAACCUCCACCAUGAAGUUGAGCUGGGGGUGGUGAUUGGGAAAGGGGGAACCGCUAUACCUCAGGCUUCAGCCAUGGAACAUGUAGCCGGAUAUGUGCUUUGCCUGGAUAUGACAGCUCGGGACGUCCAGGACGAAUGCAAGUCCAAAGGUCUUCCAUGGACCCUUGCCAAAGCCUUCAACACCUCCUGUCCCAUCAGUGACUUCAUCCCCAAGGAGAAGAUCCCAGACCCUGGGAGCAUCAAUCUGUGGUUGAAGGUCAACAAUGUCCAGAAACAGAAUGGCAGCACGUCCCAGAUGAUCUUCUCCAUCCCGUAUCUCAUCAACUACAUCAGUGAGAUCAUCUCUCUGGAGGAGGGAGACCUCAUCCUCACCGGGACCCCCAAAGGAGUGUCCAGCGUCCAGGAGCAUGAUGAACUUCAGGCUGGGAUUGAUGACAUUGUGACCAUGACCUUUAAAGUGGACCGGAAAAGUUGAUGGACAGAAAAGUGUAGCCAUUGUUGAUUAUUCAUUUCAGUGAUUUUAGAAAUAUUAAAAUUGGGAAGCAUCAUGUUUAUGUUUUUUAAAUAAAAAAAAAA